AUGUAUGAAAGAUGCAACGAUAACGAUUUAUUUUUACCAGGUGAACAAAAGACAUUUUCCUCUGGAGGGUCAGAAAUACGCAAAUCUGAAGAUCAGAUAGAUGGUAGCUAUCAUUCAGAACCAAUAAAAAGAAUUCAGUCACUUGCUGAAAAUGUUCGAGAUGAAAUUAUCAGCUUAGAAGAAGUGAAACCGAUAUUGCAUGAUAUAGCACAGGAGAUGGUUCAAGGAGUCAUUGAAGGUAGUGAAGAAAAACUGCUGAAGUUUGUGGAAUUAGUGGAACAACAACAAGAACAACUUGAAAAAAUUCCUGACACUGUAGAAGAAAUAAAGACUAUUGCUUCAAUUGCUAAUUAUACUGAGCCAAUUAGUCGACAAAAUUCAAAACUUAGUGAAAUCUCUGCACAAGAAUUAUCUCAAGCCUUUUUGGAUAAUUUAACAGAUAAUGUAUCAGUCUACUUGGAGGAUAUAUUAGAUGAAGUGUUACUGUACACCAAUGAAAGAAACAAGGCUGAUGUUGAUAAUGACACUACUGGCAAUGAAGGUGACGUUAUAGUUGUUGACAGUGCUGUCAAAAAUUCCAGUCAUAACACUUAA